UCUGGGAACAGGCUUGAAACACCCACACUCCUCUGCCGUUGACACAAACAAGAUCUGCUCAGCAAACAGAAGAUUAACUUCUCUCUUGGUGUCUUUGUGUCGAUCAGAUUUCACUUGGACCCCAGCAGCAGCAGGAAGGAUGUCUGUGACUAUGAGCAAGGUAGACGGCAUCACCGUGUUCACGCUGACCACGGACACGAAAAGUCGCUGGCCUCCUCUGUGUCAGGUUCUGAAGAGCCUUUGCUACAGCCCAGUGUGCUGCUCGGUGUCUCAGCACCUGAGGAGGAUCCAAAGAACUACUCUGUCUGUACUCGGGGCUCUGCAGAUCAUCAUCGGGCUGCUCAACAUCGGCCUCGGCGUCAUCCUCCACCUGACUUAUUCAACAUAUAGCAUCUACGGGAUUGGGCUUCCUUAUUGGCUGGGAGCACUGUUCAUUGUGUUUGGCAUCACGUGCAUUUUGUCUGAGAGGUAUCCAAGCCCAUGCAUGGUCAUCUUCAACGUGAUUCUGAAUUUGGCUGGAGAGGCCUUUGCCAUCACGGCCAUUGUUUUAUACAGCAUCAGUGUUGCAAAUAUAAAUCUGUGGUGGUAUGAUUGUGACAAUAGGAGCUACUGGUCUUAUACAACGCCAAGUCCAUCUCGUGAAGACGAGUACUUUAGGGAGAAAUGCUUGGCUGCCAAAAACCUGAUUAUGAUGCUCCUGAGAAGCAUCUAUGGUGUGCUGAUUGUUUUGUCCACCCUGGAGCUCUGCGUUGUGAUCAGCUCUGUUGUCUUGGGGAUCAAAGCUCUAAAGAGCUCUGGCAAGGAACAAAACAAGAGCUCCUGUGACCCGGAACAGUUCAAAGCACUGCUGGAUGAUGUCGCCACCAACUCUGCAGACUAAACAUCUUCCACUCACCGUAAACUGUUCCUGCACGUUUCUCCCACCGACUGUCGCUUCACUGUCGUAUUCAUCCGGACAGCUUCCUGCACUUUUAGUUGUUUUCUGCACAGAACUGAAAGUUUCUGUGCACUUUGACUGGGUGGUUUUGAUUGUGCCCCGUGAACCUAAAAGGAUGACGCGGGUAAAGAUGAUGGAUGUUUAAUUGUUAAAUCCAUUUGGGUAAACGAGGGAUGUUUCUCUUACGUUAGUGAUGGUUUACAACAAUUUGCCAUAAAACUCUAAAUAAAGGAAUUAAAACGUAUUUUAGUUAAGUUAUGCAUUUUUAAUCGAACAUUCUUCAAGCUACAUGUAAAGCAAAGCAUCCCCUUAAAGUUUAACAGCUGGUCUUUUUACAUUUUGCUGCUCUUGAUGUUAUUUCGUUCUUUGUGCA